AGCUAUAUGUUAUUUUGAUUAUUAUCGUAUAAUUGCAUAUCAUACUGGUGUAUCUCGUGUAUGAAUUUCCGGUUGGAUUAUUUACAUUUGUUUAUUUUUAUCACUACUGCGGUUACCGUUGGUUGUAGUUGGUUUUAAUGUUGAAAAACGAAUAAAGUGAUAAAAUGCAUCCGAAUUUGCAUAAAAUAUUGGGAGGUUCGGGGUUUGGGUUGUUGUCGUUCGGACUUUUGGGAACUUGGUAUCUUUUUCCGAAAAUUAUCGACAGCCAAAUUCAUGCGAAUAUUGAUUUGAAAGAAGGUACAAUGGGCUAUGACACGUGGAAAAAACAACCGUUUCCGUUAAAGUUUAAAAUUUACUUCUUCAACGUGACCAACGCAGCAGCUGUUCAACAAGGAGCAAAACCAAUACUCAGAGAGAGAGGUCCAUAUGUCUACGAUCAAUAUCGGGAACGUGUUGAUGUAAAACUCGAAGAAGAAAAAGACGCUUUCCGGUACGUCCUCAAAAAAUACUACUAUUUCAACAAGAAUGAAUCGGGAUGUUAUGAUCAAGAAGACAUUGUUACAAUCGUGAAUGCUGCUUUAGUGGGUACAGCUCUUCAGGUACAGCAAAUGUUACCAACAGCAAUGUCAAUGGUAAACGAAGCUGUUCCGUAUCUAUACCCAGGCGCUAAAGACAUUUUCAUGACAGCAAAAGUACGCGAUAUCUUGUUUGAUGGUAUUUUGAUUCAUUGUACAGACCCAGCUGUUGAUUUCAUUUGUGGAGCAAUGAAGGGUACCCUCCCUAAGACCAUACAAGUUGCUCCCAAUGGCAAGGACUUUAUUUUUUCUAUGUUUCGACAUUUAAAUGGCACUGACGAUGGUCCCUGGGAAAUGGAACGAGGAAUGACCAAGAACAGCUCUCGUGGUGAGGUUCUCAGUUUUGAAAACCAAGAAAUAUUAGAUAUCUGGGAAGAAGGCUCCACUUGCAAUAUGAUUAACGGAAGUGAUUCAACUGUUUUUGAAAUUCCCAAAAAGAUCCCCGCUGAGAGGGUUUACUCGUUCUCACAAGACUUUUGCAGAUCUUUGUAUAUUCAAUACGAAAAGGAAACUGAAGAGUUUGGAAUGAGAGCAUUAAAAUACAGCAACACUGCAGGACCUUUAAACUACGAUUCUGGAGAAAUGAGAUGUUUCUGUCCAUUUUUCGAAGAUGAAGAUGGAGAAGAACAACAAGUGUGUCCCAUGAAUGGCUUAGCUGAUGUUACACCAUGCAUGAAAGCUCCUGUCCUUCUAUCUUUCCCACAUUUUUAUUUAGGUGAUCCUAAACUACUGGAUUAUGUCACUGGCCUCAAUCCUCAGAAAGAUAUUCAUGAAAUAUACGCUCACCUUGAACCAACAACCGCUACGCCUCUAUCUGGUAAAAAACGUGUUCAGCUAAACAUCGAGGUAAAACCAAUUGAUGAAUUUGACUUGCUUGAAAAUGUCACUCGGGGAAUAUUCCCAAUCAUCUGGCUUGAUGAAGGAGUUGUGCUACCACCAGACUUUGUCAAUAUUUUAACCAGUAACUUCUUAAAAAUCAAAAUGGUGAACGCCAUGAAAAUAGUCCUGAUUAUUUCUGGAUUAGGAUUAGCAACAGCUGGCGGUAUCUUAGCCUUAAAGAAAGAAAGACUCUUAUGUUUUGCAAACAGUGACACUGCUGACAUAACCACAAUCAAAGGCAAAGACAGCCAUAGUGCAAAAAGUGACGGCCCUGAAGGAACAGUAAAUCCUGCAUUUGAAGGUAACAUGGCCUUAAACCCUCCAGGAUUAAACAAAUCAUUGAAUAACAAUCAAAGGCAAGGCGUACGAGGUAAUGCCCAACAGUGGAAUGCUCAAGUAUGGCAUUCAGGAGAAGCAAAUGGAAAUUAAUUAAAUUUUUAGGUUAGGUUUGAGAAAAAGUUUGCGUGCACUUUUGAAACACGGAUUUUAACAGCAAAUAAAAACAUUCUACAACUAAUAAUUAUAUUUACAAUGUUGUUUGGAAAUUAAAAAUGCAAAUUUUACAAAUGUAUAGGUCCUACAUUAACGAAUAGUAAUAAUAAUUAAUGGCAAAUUGAUUUCUUUGUCUCAGAAAUAAAUUACAAAAAUCAA